GUGGUAAUUGGGUUUCAUGGGAGCUCUGAAUUUCGACAGCAAGGACUGCAUUGGCCGCACACUCACAGGGAAACAAUGGAUCAUCCAUUCCAGAAACUCGCUACAGUUGUUCCUUCUGGUGAAAUCCUCCUCCGUGUCCAGAGACAGGUCUUGCCUACGAACCAUACAGAGGCAGGAAACUGUAAGGAGAGACGUGCCAACAUUCCAUUCAUUGUUGGAUGACCUGAGUCUUAAAUAUUUAAGCAACACCCAAAAUGAAAAGAAAGCAAGAACCUCCAUUUAUAUAGUACCUUUCAGAGUCUCAAUGAUCCAAGAUGGCAGUGUAAAUACUCGAGGGGUCAUCAUUGCCAUCUGCUUGCUGCUGCUGGUUAUUGUUUCACUGGCUGUCCUCUUCACGCUGUACUACAGACGUGGACGCUGCUUUAAACGACCCAAGCUGAAGUUCAGUCAGAAUAUUCUGAGAGAGCUGACCUUGAUCCAGUUGGAGUUUGACCCACCGUUUACUGUCAGUGGGAUGAUGAAGACUAUGGGAAACCGUGGCUCAGAUCAACAGUUCCAGUAUCACAACAUGAGGACUAGAGAAGAGGACUUCUCUCAAGCCAAUGAAUAGCAUCCUUGCCUCAGGAUGGCUGAAAUGCACAGAGAAAGACUGCAUCAGCAGAAACUCCUGGGGAAAUAAGGGACCUUCUUCCUAUGGUUUUCUUCUGGUCAUUAGGAGCAGAAGUAGAAAAAUGGUGCCAGGAGAAAGUACAUCUCACCCCUUUGUAUCUUAUUUAGAUCUUGCUAAGUUUUUGCUUUGUGUACAGUGGGUGUGAUCCAGCCAUAUCUGCUUUCAAUCCCGAUCAACCGAAUAUGGAGUAACUCUUGGAUGAUAUGUGAAGCGGGAGCAGUGGUCUCACAAAUCACUUAACUGUUUUUAAAAUAGAAGUCUUUUUUGUGUAUUAAUAAAAUCCUGCCAUUCAUUCUGCACUUUUACAACCUCAAGGUUUUCUGACGUUCUUGAUUAGUUGGAGUUCUUCAUUUUCGGGCUUUGGUUUCGAUGAACCUUCCUUGUCCAAUUCUCUGGGUAAUGCCAGCAAUGGAGCCAACACUUUUAUUUUGCCUUCAGCUACUGACUGUGCGGAUGAUGGCCAAUUUUGCCUCAGUAAUGGCUGGCUGUUGGCUGGGGCCCUGUACUACUUGAGGCCAGGGAUGCUCCUCUAGGCUGACACUGCACUAUAAUAGAGAGAGCCUUGCACCAACUGUGCCAUCUUCAAGAGAUUAAAUUGAAGCCCCCUCUUUCCUCUUGGGUGGAAAUAAAAUAUCCCAGAGCAAUUUUUAAAAGGGCAAAGAAAAGGGGUUACUUCUGGUAUCCUGGUCAAUAUUUAUUAAUCAAUCUAUAGUGCAGAAAUAGAUCACCCAGUCAAUUACUAGUAGGAGCUUGCUGGGCACAAAUUGGCUGCUGCAUUUCCUGCAACAGUGACUACUCUGCACUAGCUGCGAGGUCAUUGAAGAAGUUAUCAAUUUGACAUCGGUGCUUUGCAUCCUCUUGAUAUCCAGCCUUCUCUCAGUGCUUUGUGAGAAAGAUUUACCAGGUGCUUUACACAGAAGUACAAUGUUUCCAUUUUUAAGACUUGUUUGCCAGAGAUUGCAAAUGUUUUCAAUUUGUUUUUUUUAAAGAAUCAGUUGAAUUUGAACAGAAAAACUGUAAAGACUUGCAUUUAUAUAGCAGCUCUGGUAGCCACAUCUGGCCAGAAAGUACUUUGCAACUAAUUGUGUUUUUUGCAAUGUAGCCAUUGGUAUGGAUGUAGAAAUGUUUGUGGGAACUUACUGUGUGCCAUUUUGUGCAUAUCAAGUGCUUAGAGAAAAUGCUCAGGUAAUUGUUUUGCUGAUAUUGGUUAAGGAUAAAUAUCAGCCAGGACAAUAGGGAGGGAACUUCUCUGAUCCAGGAGAUCUGCUACAUCCACCUUAGAGAGAAGGCAGGUCACCAGUGUACUGUCUACUCUCAGAUGCAGGAUGAUCUUAAAGAAUUUCAGGCUAGAUUUUGUGGUUAAACCUCAGCAGUGGGAAUCUGAAGUUUCUGAGCCUGUAGUAGCAAGGCUCUGAUUAUAAUGUUUGUGUCCAGAAUUGAACGAAGAUUUUAAUACUUUUGCCAUCAAUGAGCUGCCUUCUACUUCUGGUGCCACACUGAGAUGCACUGUCUACUAGGAAGCUUCCAGAAAGAAAGCAAAUUACAAUGGAUGG